UACUGUGUGUGUCUUGGAGGAUCACGGCCGCCAUACUGUGUGUCCCGAGCACCAGCGGGCGACGCAGGGACGAUGAGGUCGGUGAGGAGGGUGAAUUCUGCGCUCACAAACCUCGCCACCAAGAGGUUCUACUCCGUGAAAUCCGCGCUCAAGGGUGAGCACGCAGCAGCCACAGAGAAGCUCCCACCCCAGGUUCCUGAGGUGUCCAAAUUGCGAAAUGGAUUGGUGAUAGCCUCCCUGGAGAAUUACUCUCCAACCUCGAAGAUUGGAGUAUUUAUAAAGGCGGGCAGUAGAUAUGAGAGACCCGGGAACUUGGGCAUCACUCAUGCCCUCCGGCUGGCAGCCGACUUGACCACCAAGGGAGUAUCGUCGUUCAGAAUAACCCGUGGCAUUGAAGGAGUUGGGGGCAGUCUGAGUGUGACGUCGACCAGGGAACACAUGACCUACACGGUGGAGUGCGUGCGUGACUAUGUUGACACAGUGAUGGAGUAUCUGAUCAACGUUACCACCGCCCAGGAAUUCAGGCCAUGGGAACUGAAGGAACUCCGUUCAAAGCUGGGACUCGACAAGGCCAUUGCCUAUCAGAACCCUCAGACAGGUGUUCUGGAGAACCUGCAUGCUGCUGCUUAUCGUAAUGCCCUGAGUAAUCCCCUCUACUGUCCGUCUUUCAUGAUGGGUCAGCACACGACAGAACAGCUGCACCAAUUUGUACAAAGUAAUUUCACAACAGGAAGGAUGGCUCUUGUUGGGCUGGGUGUGAGCCACGAGGUCUUGAAGCAGGUGGGUGAGCACUACUUCAACAUGAGGAGCGGUAUCGGCGCACCAGGCACUGCCGCCAAGCUUCGUGGAGGUGAAGUCCGUGAGGAGAACAGAGAUGCUCUAGUUCAUGCAGCUGUGGUGGCAGAGAGUGUACCCGCUGGUUCACCUGAGGCCCUCUCAUUCGGGGUCUUACAACAGGUUCUUGCUGCUGGCCCUUAUGUUAAAUGGGGCAGUAACACAUCCAGCAAGUUGUACCAGGCGAUUCUAAAGAAAAAUACAGGGCCAUUCGAUGUUUCAGCAUUCAAUGCUGGCUACUCUGACUCUGGGCUGUUUGGCAUCUACACCAUCUCACAGUCUGCUUCUGCAAGUGACGUGAUCAAGGCUGCCUUGACUGAAGUCAAAAACGUAGCUCAAGGCAAUAUCACCGAGGAUGACCUGGCGUGUGCCAAAAGCCAGCUCAAAGCCAAGUGCCUGAUGGCCGUUGAGACGUCGGACGGGCUGCUGGAUGAGAUCGGCUCUCAGGCCCUGCUGACCGGCACGUGCGUGCCCACCCCUGAACUGGUUCAGCGGGUCGACUCUGUGGCCGUUACAGACGUGGUGAACGCCGCAAAGAAAUUUGUAUCUGGUAAGAAGUCGAUGGCUGCCAGCGGAAAUCUGGCCAACACACCGUUUGUUGAUGAAUUGUAAACUUAUUCCGUAACCUGGCCAAGUGGUGUUGGCACAUUCACUGCUAAUAAAAUAUAGAUCAUUGUCCCAGUCAGCAGUGUCAGAGUCAU